GCCUAUUUUCCAGGACAUUAUUAUAUUCUUGUACUUGUGUCCUCAUCUUCUCCAAGUAUAGGGGAGAUAUGUUUGUUUUUCUUAAUUGAACACAAACCUCAGGUAUGAUACUUUCCACUCCUCUUCUUGAAAGAGAACAAGAGCAAGGCAUUGGUAAUCGUAGGCUGUUGCCAAUUCAUGAAGAAGAGGAUGGAAUUGUAAAGAACCUCGAUGCUGGUGCUCUUUUUGUUCUUAAAUCUAAAGGAUCAUGGCUGCACUGUGGUUACCAUUUGACAACUUCCAUCGUUGCUCCUUCUCUACUAAGCCUUCCAUAUGCCUUGGCUUCUCUCGGAUGGUUAGCCGGGGUUUUUUGUUUGGUCAUUGGAGCUCUUGUCACUUUCUACUCCUACAACUUGACGUCCAUAGUUCUUGAACACCAUGCUCAGUUGGGUCAUCGCUACCUUCGGUUCAGAGACAUGGCUAUUCAUACCUUGGGGCCUAAAUGGGGCUGGUACUAUGUGGCACCAAUUCAGUUCAUUGUCUGUUAUGGUGCUGUUAUCGGCAGUGCUCUUCUUGGAGGACAAUGCUUGAAGACAAUAUACUUGCUGUCAACUACUGAUGGAACUAUGAAGCUUUAUGAAUUCAUCAUCAUUUUUGGGUGCUUCAUGCUGAUUUUAGCUCAAAUGCCAUCUUUUCACUCACUGAGAUACAUCAACUUGAUAUCUCUGCUUCUGUGUCUCGCAUAUAGUGCUUGCAUCACUGCCGGUUCUAUUUACAUCGGAAAUUCAUCCAAGGCACCAAAAAAAGACUAUUCACUAAGUGGUGAUACUGUAAGUCUUAUUUUCGGAUUCUUCAAUGCCUCAGCCAUCAUUGCUACGACAUAUGGAAAUGGAAUAAUUCCAGAAAUUCAGGCAACAUUAGCUCCACCAGUGAAGGGCAAAAUGUUCAAGGGGCUAUGUAUAUGUUAUGCGGUAGUUACAGUGACUUUUUUCAGUGUCGCCAUCUCUGGCUAUUGGGCAUUUGGCAAUGGAGCAGACAGUCUCGUCCUAAGCAACUUCUUUGAGGAUGAUAAGCCUCUAUUGCCAGAGUGGUUUAUUCUUAUGACCACAAUAUUUAUUUGUCUCCAACUAUCAGCUGUUGCAUUGGUGUACUUGCAGCCCACAAAUGAAGCUGUGGAGCACAUAUUCUCUGAUCCAACAAGCAAUCAAUUCUCUGUUCGCAAUGUUAUUCCGAGAGUGAUGCUCCGAUCAGUGAUGAUUGUCAUAGCCACAACUUUAGCAGCAAUGCUUCCAUUCUUUGGGGACCUCAAUUCCUUGAUUGGGGCUUUUGGUUUCAUCCCUCUGGACUUUGUCCUGCCAAUGUUUUUCUUUAACUCAACAUUUAAACUGUCAAAAUUUAGCCCCACUUUCUGGUUAAAUAGCAUAAUUGCAGUAGUUUUCUCAAUGUUAUCUGCUAUAGCAGUAAUUGCAGCUGUUAGACAAAUAGGCAUUGAUGCCAAAACUUUUAUGUUUUUUGCUGAUUUAUGAUUUCACCUGAGGGUACAGCCUUCUGCUUUAUAAGAAUACAGAUGUCAAGAUGACUA